AUGUCCGAGUCACUGCACGGUGGCAGAAUCGUGCCCAUACUUAGGGGCCACGAACAACAGCACCUCGACUCCACCCCUAGCACAGCAAAUGUACUAGAACACCAUCCGUUUCCCAACAUUAUUGCCAAGGCUCCGCUGCUGGAUCAGCGAGAGGACAAUAUGGCCCUUGACAAGAAAUCCCUGGACCUGAAGAGCUUGGAGAUGCCUUGUUUGAAGGAACGCGGUCUAUUUGCUUUGCCCACCGAAGGAGAUGGAAAUUGCCUUUACUACUCUUUUUCCGACCAAUUGUACAGCAAUUUCGACCACGGAGACGAAAUUCGCCAAAAGUUGGCCGAUCACAUGGCCAAUCACAAAUCAUAUUUCAUGCAAUUCGUGGUGGCAGAAGGUGGUGAACGUCGUCGACCCAAGAGAUCCGCCGUCACCGCGUACGCUACGCGUUCGGCCGAUGUUGCUGCACCUUCGGACGAGGACAAGGAACGUCGCUUCGAGGAGAUGGUGGCCACGACCCGAAAGAAUGCCGAAUGGGGAAGCUCCGAGCAUCUGCAAGCAUUUUGCCAGGUUUUCCGCGUGGAUGUCAAUGUGUAUACCAUGGAUGGUGUGCAAUCAUUUCGCGAUGUCAAUGCCUCGCCCGAUGAGCAUCGUGACGUGAUUCACGUCGCUUUCCAUGAUUUCAAGCACUAUUCUUCCGUACGUCAGAUCGAUGGCACUCACAAGGGACUUUUCGAGACUUUGCAAGCACCCGUCCUUCCCAAGCAAAUCCUCGGCGAUGAUUCCAAAGAGAGCAUCGAUACGAAACACAACGUCGAUGCGAGAGAGAACAGCGAUGCGGAAUCCGAAAGGGAUAUCCCCAAGCACGCCCUCGCCGCCACGAGCAACAACCGACACUCGACACCUACUGAUUCCUCCAGCGACUCACACUCCGCACCCACCGAUUCAACCAAUACCUCACACACCACAGCCUCCGAUCCAGCCAAUGACUCUGGUCUGGCGGUGGACGUUUUCCCUCCCUGGGACAUCCAAUCUAUUCAGGAUGGUCUCGGCGGUCGCUAUGAUCGCGACACAAUUGUAGAUAUGCUGCAGAAAUGCCGCGGCGACAUUGACCGGGCAUUCGCAGCUCUACUUGGGGAGAAGGAAACGCCCGCCGAGAGGAUGGCGGCACCAGCCCAGAGUUUCAACUCCAGCGUGCAAAUGUCACGCGAGUCGUCGCCGUUUAGUACCGGCAGCAAACGUUCCGCGGAAGAUAGCGGCGACGACUCCGAGGAGCCACGUCCGGCGAUCCGUCGGGGUCGCCCCAAGAGACGGAUCGUCUCCAACCUCACUCUGGGCGUUGGUAUCUCCUUCCGAGACGACCAAAAUGAGGUCGUCUCGUUGAAUAUCCGGAUGAAGGACGAAGGCAAGAAAGACAAAAAAGCAAAUUCGGCACUUGAGGAAAGUGCAUCAGAACUAUCCGAAGCUGCCUCGCCGAUAGGCACUCGGCCUCGACGGAGCGGUCGUCUUUCAAAACCCCGCGCAGCAUAG